AGCUGCAAUGCGAGCUGGUGUGCAGACAGGAGAUAGGAUCAUUAAGGUCAACGGGACCUUAGUUACACAUUCAAACCACCUAGAGGUUGUAAAGUUGAUAAGAUCGGGCUCCUAUGUAGCCCUGACAGUGCUGGGGAGGCCUCCAGGGCUUCCUCAGAUCCCCCUGGAAGAGGAGAAGGAAGGGAACAAGGAAGGAGGAGACACUCUCUCAGCACCCCACUCACCUGCACUGUCAGGUGGGGAGCAAGGCAGCUUCUUGACCAGCAGCACACCCUGUAGCCCUCAGGACAACACCACAUCCUCCUCUCUGUCUGAUGGGGAAGCAGCCACGGCUUCCUGGAAUGGUGAGAAUAAGGAUGGAGACGGUGGGUCUCCUCCGAAGGAACAGACCUCACCCACACCGAGUGACAAUGGCCCCCUGAUCAAUAACAACUCAGUUCACAGCAGCCCCCUCUUUGACAGGGAGUCCCUCUGUAGCCCACAGUGUCAGAGCCCAGACAUUAGUCGGCGGGAUGGCCUCAACAUCUGCACAUCGCCAGAGGCUGAGGAUGCCGCUGACACACACCCCAAUACCCAGUGCAGUGCGGGUAGCCCUCCUUACCUCGUAAACCCUCAGAUUAUUGGAGCAGAAGACGACUACUUUGAAUCAUCACAAGAACAGAUCAAUGGCGAGUGUACCUGUUUCCAGAGUAUUGAGUCGCUGAAGUCUCGGCCGGCACACCUCGCAGUUUUCCUCCACCAUGUGGUCUCACAGUUUGACCCUGCUCCUCUGCUGUGUUACCUCUACGCUGAUAUGUACAAGCAAACCAACUCCAAAGAAAGUCGACGCUUCUUUAUUGAAUUACACACGCUAUUCAUGGAUCGAACUGCAAAUCUUAAAGUGCCGGUGCCAGAGACCGUUUCGGCUGAGCUAGAGAAGCGAAGGCUGGACUUGAUCCCAGACAGCCUGUGUAAACAGUACAUUCAGACGUUACAGGACGCGCUGUUACCAGACCUGCACAAGAACCUGGAAGACUUCAGACAGAAGCGCAGCAUGGGUCUGACGCUGGCCGAAGACGAGCUCUGUAAGUUGGACUCUGAGCCAGGAAGAGACCAGCAGGCCUUGGAGAAAGAAUGCUCCUGUGCUGAACACAUCCUCUUCAAGAUAGAGGAUAUCCUGUUGACAUCACAGAGCUCAGAAGAGGAGAAGUGGCAAACAAUGCAGUAUGUGAUUCUCACCUACAUGAAGCACCUCGGAGUGAAAGUGAAGGAGCAUCGAGGCCUCGAACACAAACGUGCUCGCAUCAAUUUCCUCCCCAGGAUUAAGUUUCCCAACAUCCGCCCCCCUCGGCGUCCGAGCAGAGUGGACCCCACCCCAGUCGUGAAAGCUGUGGACCAGAUCAAGCAGCGUCCGCCAAAGCUUCCUCAGUCGCCUCUUGGCAUCUCUGAACCAUCAGACCAGUCCGCCACAAGUCCUGGACGGAUCCGCGAUGGAUCAGAUACCCAAUUAUUGCCUGCCACCACCCUCCCUACACACAGCUCCCCCACCACUCAGGUCUCAGAGGCAGGCGGACAUGAGUCAGAAUCCAAUGUCUCUCCGUCCUGCAUGCAGCCCAGACCAGGCGACAGUGCGCAGUCUGCUGACAACCACGACGGCGUCUCCGGUCCAACCGGCACUCUGUUUGACUUCAGCCCCUCCACGGUGGAGCAGCGGGAUGAAGAUCAGGAGGCCUUCAGGAUGGAGGUACCGGGUGACAUCCAGAGUGAAGAUGACCAAGGCGGAGAGGCUGAGUGUGAAGAAGAUCCUCUGAUCUGGCAGGGACUGGUCCCUCGAGGCGUCCUGAUGAGCUUAACGCAACAAGAGAUCAACCGGCAGGAAGUCAUCAAUGAGCUGUUCUACACUGAGCGUGCACACUUGAGGAUGCUGAAGGUGCUGGACUGUGUUUUCUGCCAGAGGCUGAACAGGGACGGCAUCCUUCCACCAGAAGACAUAAAACACAUCUUUAUCAACCUGGAGGAAAUCCUUCAUCUUCAUGUUUCUAUAACAGAACAAAUGACUGCAAUCAGGAAGAGGAACGAGACGUCUGUGAUCGGUCAGAUCGGAGAUGAUCUCCUGGGAUGGUUCAGUGGGGAGGAAGAGCAAAAGUUAAAAAGAGCAGUGGCAACCUUCUGCAGUAACCAGCCGUCUGCACUGGAGCUCAUCAAGACGAGGCAGAAGAAGGACCAGAAAUUCAACCUGUUCAUGCAGGAAGCUCAGAGCAACCGUUUGUGUCGCAGGCUGCAGCUCAAAGACAUCAUCCCUGUAGAAAUGCAGAGAGUGACCAAAUACCCGCUCCUGCUGGAUAACAUUGCCAAGUACACAGAGGACAUUGAGGAAAGGAAAAAGGUGAAGAGAGCUGGAGACUGUUGUAAAAAGAUCCUCAACCAUGUCAACCAAGCUGUGAAAGAGGCUGAAAACAAACAGCGGCUCGAGGAGUAUCAGAGAAGGUUAGACUUCUCGUCUCUGAAACAGAGUGAAAACCCUGUGAUCCUGGAGCUGAAGAAUCUGGACCUCACUAAGAGGAAGAUGGUUCAUGAGGGUCCUCUCUCCUGGAAAGUCAAUAAGGAAAAGACAAUUGAGCUGUACACACUCCUCCUGGAGGACAUCAUAGUCUUGCUGCAGAAACAGGAUGAGCGCCUGGUCCUAAAGUUUCAUGGCAAAAACAUGGCCAGUGUCGUCGACACCAAGCACACCUUCAGCCCCAUCAUCAAACUCAACACGGUCUUGGUUCGACCUGUCGCAACUGACAACAAGUCUUUCUUUGUUCUGUCCAUGUCCGAAAACGGGGCUCAGAUCUACGAGCUGACGGCUCAGACGGUGUUCGAUCAGAGAACGUGGCAACAUCUAAUCACACAGUGUGCCGAAGCCAUGAAGGCCAAACCCCACAGGAGGGACACGCCUCCACCUCAGUCUGAUGCGGAGCAGGAUGCUAUUAAUAUCAUCAACAAUGGGAUGCCUAAACUGAGCAAAGAUGAGACGCCGAGUGAAAGUAUCCGUUCUGCAGAUAUGAGCAUCUCCGAUAAAGUGGCCGCCUCUACUUCAGACAUUCAAGAUCCACCGGAGAGUCUCAACCCCUUCGAUGGAUUGAGAUCAGAAGAUGAAGAAGAGGAGCUGCCGAUGACAGACAGGCAGGAGGAAGAAGACCAGAAUGGAGAGGUGGAUGAAGCAGAGCUAGAGGCCUUUCUGGACGGGCAGCUGGCGGAGAGACUGCUGCAGGAAGGAUCGCGGCUUGGCAUUGCCCUUGAAAAUGAAGAAGAGCACAAUGCUUUUGUCAUGCCUUGCUCCAAAGCUGAAGAAGCUCUAAAGACACUGGCAAUGCUGAAGCAGGCAGUCUUCACACACAUGUUAAGCAGAGAAGCAGAGGAGGAAACGGAGGAGAGCAAGCCGAGUGGAGGCCGUGGGAGUCAGUCGAGUCCUUCUUUGCCUGAGAGCCCAGAGGGGCCCUCUGCUACCUGUGAUGAGAGCCAGACGUCUGAAAGUUUACAGAAAGAACACCUGCAGCCUCCACCUGAGGCUGCUGAACGUAAUGGCGGCUUUGUGGUCCUGGAUUUCCCCGGCUCUGAGGAAAGCAGCACUGAUGAUGAUGUCGGAGUUGGAAGUGAUGUUGGGAUCGACAUGAGGAAACUGCUGUCUUCCUCCUCGCAGAUGGGAGGCGGAGGCCCCAACCUCAGUCGGCAGCUCAUGACCCACCUGCGCCUCCUACAGGCCGAUCUGCAGUAUCUUAAGGACAUAGAGAUGAAGUACAACGAACUGCAACAAACGCACGGCGAUGCAGCCACAGACUCGGAUGACAACAACGAUGGGAUUCAGUGACGAAAGGCUUCCAGCUCUCUCGGCUGUCAGAGCCAAGUUUCAUGUUGCUGCAUGCUCACCUUCCUCCACCUUUUACCACUGAAGGAUUAAUGUCUGAUCUCCUACUUCAAAGGACGGUGUCAUCGUCGCAGUCUGAAUUACUCCACUAUAAACUCUUUCACAAAGCAGGAGCAGAAGAGACAUAUCACUGAGUUUUUCAUGGACACUUUUUAGUAUAAUAAUAAUCACUGACUGCAUAAAUUAUCUGACACACUGGAUAUAAUGAAUGGAAAAAGGCUAAGCGACCAUCUGACGACACAGACGUUCAGCAGACAAGAAGUGAGACAUUAUGACUGUGACCAGUACUGAAGGAAGAUUUUCCUCUUCAAAAAACUCAGUGUAAAAACCUGCAAUAGAAUAGAUAGAGUCAAUAUACAAGUGCCCAAUAAAAUGCCAAAAUGGAAGGUUAAAACACUCCCACCAUAAAAUUUACCCAGAAGGGAUUUAAUGCUGUUUUUAGCCAAGCUUUGCAUUAAACGUUAAGCAGGUGAUUGUCUGCUUUGGAUCAGAUAUCUAGCAAAAACUCUGAAUCUCACAAAUCUACACCCUGAAUCAUUUUUUCAAUUACAAGCACAAAUAUAAUAAGGAGGUUUAAUGCUGGGAUUUCUAUACAAAGACUCAUAGACUUACUUGCUCAGCAGUAAAAACCAGAUACUUUGAAGAUGAAUUUCACUUGAAACAGCCUCUUUCGUGGAAACUACAGGCAGCUGUGGCAGUCUGCUAUUGGCCAAAGCAAUCACACCGGUCACAUUGUUCCCUAGUGACGAGUGGUUGUCUGGAUAUUUUCUAUUUUAAUUUUAAAUUCUAAGAUAUUAAAAAAUCAGUGGGCUUUACAGUUGGCGAUAGGUGUGUUUUCCUCCCUGCUUUUCAGUCUUAGCUAAGCUAAGCUAGCACACUUGACAGGUCUGGACUUUACGCUCAGUAUAUCACGCUUGUAUUUGCUGCAUCAACAUAAUUUCAGGAAAACCAAGACGAUUCUCAUUAUUCUGAUUUUGGAGCAUCAGAAAAGCUAAAUAUGAAUUUGUUGUAAAUUUCCUUUUAUUGUGUUAGAUACUAUAUGUGUAGGUUGUUAACAAGUGACACCAGAUGCAAACAAAACAGUGUGACUUCCUUUUAGGUCAGUUGAUCAAAUAAGUGCUAAUAUUGAACUUUAUGUGGGUUUAACUUUGACUUUGCAGCUGCGAUGCUCUCGGGUUUAGAAGUUUUAAUUUCUCACUGACUGUGGGAUACAUUCUAUAGUUACGAUUUGAUUCAUUAACAUGAACGUCUCAUCUUAAGUAAGAAAAAAGGUGAAAAUCCCAGUUUCUUAUGAUGGCAGGUUGAUUUAGCUUUUUGUCUCAAGAAAACUAAAGGGUAAUUUCUUGAGAUAAUAAGAUGGUUUAUCUCACAAGCAUUUUGUUUUCCUGUUAUUAUGUGAAGAUUAUAGGAAUACCCAAUAGCCCUUGCCUAUCUUGACCACUUAUGAAGUUAAAAAUGGGCAGACUUACUAAAGUGACAUGUGCUGCUUCAGCUGGGCUAAUCGUAAUAAUAAGAGGACAACAGGGACCUUUUAAAUUAUUUUUUUAACAGCCUGGCACAGAGUGACCAACAACAUGGCUUGGUGAGUCCAACUGGAAUCUAAAAAUUCAAUUAAAAUUAAUACAGUGAGAAGAAGUGGCAUAGAAAGCAGUAGGUACACUUUUCAAGCAUAUUCACAGUCCUGUGCCCUAAUACAGUAUUACUAAUAUUAUAGUAGAAUUAUAUGCAUGUGUGCAAGAGUUAAAAAUAUUUUUUGUAUUACAGCCGUUUUCACAGAAAAACAAGUAUCCAGACUUUAGUGUAAAAUAAAUCCUACAAAAGAAGUUGGCAAUUAGACAAGAAAUAAAAGUUUCUGCAUAAUAGUAUGACUCCUUAUGUAGUAUGACCUUUGAGUCUAAUAAAUGAUUCUGUGUUGCUGGAUCAUAAUUCAUUAUAUUUAUAUACAGUGAUGUGAAAAAGUGUUUCCCUUCUUCCUGAUUUCUGAGUGUUUUGCAUAUUUCUGACAGUUAAAUGUUUCAGAUCAUCAAAGAAAG